GAGGAAACGCAGUCUUCUAUACAUCAGGAAGUGUGGCUGUUUAAAGGCAGGCGUGCUGCCCUGAAACAUACCGGGUGACAAGUGUCUGUCAGUCCACAAAGAAAUAUGGACUCUGCAUUCUGUAAGGAACAGUUUACGUGUGCCAUCUGUCUGGAGUGCUUCUUCAAUCCCGUCUCCAUCCCAUGUGGCCAUAACUUCUGCCGGGAAUGCAUCAAUCAUUUCUGGGAUACAAAAACAAACUGGUAUUGUCCGCUGUGCAAAGACACCUUUCAGAACCGCCCAGAACUCAAGGUCAACGUGGGCUUGAGAGACAUCACCGAUCACUUUAAAAAUUCUCUGAGCGGGGAACCAGCUAAGAAGCCAGUGCCAGCAAAGAGACGCUCUGCAAGACAAGCCCCUGAACCCGACGACAUACUUUGUGACAUCUGCGAUGAAGACAAGUUAACGGCGAUCAAGUCGUGCCUCGUCUGCCGGGGGUCUUAUUGUGAAACGCACCUGACGCCUCACCUCAGGGAUCCUGUGAUGAUGAAGCACAGGCUGACGGAUCCGGCCGCCUUCGUCAACAGUCACCUCUGCACGAAACACAACCAGACCCUGGAGAUGUUCUGCAAGAGGGACCAGACGCCUGUUUGCAAGAAAUGCACAGAAAGGGGCCAUAAACACCAUGAAGUGGUCGCCAUGGAGACAGAGAGCAAGAGGGUCAAGGCUCAGAUGAAGAAGACCCAGGCGGAGAUUGAACAGAUGAUCGAGGUCAGGAUUAAGAAGACUGAGGAGAUCAAGCAGUCGGUGGAGCUGAGCAGAAUUGAUCGAGAAAAACAGAUACAGACAAGUAUGGAGUUUGCUACGAUGGCAAUCUGUGUCAUUGAGAAAAAUCAGACUUUGCUGAUCGAGGAGAUCGAGCAGAAGCACAAGGCGGUGGAGACGAGAGCAGAGGAGCUUCUCUUGGAGCUUCAGCAGGAGAUUGAUAAGCUGCAGCAGAGACAGAGUGAACUGCAGCACCUGGAGGAAACCAAGGAACCUCUUCAUCUCCUGCAGAGCUAUUCACAUGUGAGUGCCCCACCUUCUACCACAAACUGGUGCAAAGUCAUGACUGAUCCGGAUCACUACGUGAGAACCGUGAGGAGAACUUUCUCCAGGCUCGUGGACAUCUGUCAGGAACUCGAGCAGAAACUUGCAGCAGAGGAAGUUGUCAAGAUGAGUGAAUAUUCAGUGGACGUGAUCCUGGAUCCGGUGACUGCUGCAGGCUGGCUGGUUUUGUCUCCAGAUGGUAAAAAGGUGAGCCUGAGCUCCCAGCAGAGGAAAGUCCCCAACGACCCCCGCAGGUUCGACUCCUGCACUGCCGUUCUGGGGAAACAAAGCUUCACCUUUGGGAGAUGGUAUUGGGUGGUUCAGGUUGGGGAUAAAACAGACUGGGAUCUCGGUGUUGCCAGGGAGUCCAUCAACAGGAAGGGCUCCAUCAAUGUCCGUCCUGACAACGGUUACUGGGUGAUCUGCAGGAGGAAAGGUGGGAGCCUGCGCGCCUGCACCGGACCCUCCACCACCCUCAAGAUCAGCGACACACCCCUGAGAGUCAGCGUGUUCCUGGACCACGAGCAGGGAUCGCUGUCCUUCUACAACACGGACACAAAGGCUCAUAUUUAUACUUACAGUGGGUUGACCUUCACUGAGCCUCUGAAGCCCUACUUCAAUCCCUGCCUCCAUGACAACGGGAGGAACACGGCGCCGCUGGUCAUCUGUCCCCUGGAAGCUGGUCUCCCAGUGGAGGCUGGAACGCUUUGAACCUCAGGCAAAAAUCUGUAUAAAUGACAUAAAUAAGCUCCUGUUUCUUAUAAAAGUGGAAAAUGUACAUAAAAUAGAUAAGUAUCAGAAUAUUUUUGUAAAACAAUCCCAGCCAACUGUUGCUAUGAAUGCUCCUUAUUAGUUACCUAAACUUACCAACAGUUUGACAAAGCACAGAUAACAAAAAAAACCCUGGGACUGUAAUUUACAUGUUAAGCGUUAUUUCAAAUAUCAUUAUGAACACUGUGGUGCAUAUUGGUGUAUGUUUGAUUAUGUUACUUUAUGCUCUUAAGCUGGUUUUAUUCAGUCCUGCACUUGGAAUAUGUUUGGUGGAAGGGAGUUUGAUAUCUGUCUGUAACCACUACACCACAAGUGUGCGGUCACAUUUUUAUAGCUGCAUGCACUGGAGGAAUGUCACAGAUUGAAGUGACAACCACAUCUGAGAUUGAAACUUUAUUGCUUUGUUGUAAAUAUCCAGCCAAUAAAAUACCU